AUGGAGGAACGGCUUCAAGUUUCUGCGAAACAGCAUCCUGAACUCCAACAACUACGGCAACAUAUUCGAAGUUGCUUCGAAAAUAUCUCUUGUUUCCUGAUGCCUUAUCCUGGAAUCAAAGUUGCCACCAAUCCAUCUUUCAAUGGAUCGCUUGCAGGUAAAAAUUAUUCUAAGGUAAUGCUACUGGAUCACCAGCAAACUUUUCCAGACAUCGACCCCAAGUUCCAAGAACAGCUGCGGAUUAUGGUACCAGCCUUACUUGAUUCAAAAAGUUUAUCGAUGAAGGAAAUCAACGGUCACAAAGUGACUUGCCGAGAACUGGUUGAAUAUUUCAAAUCGUACAUGAAGAUCUUCCAAGGACAAGAUUUACCGGAACCUAAGUCCAUGCUCAUGGUUCGUUCUUUUCCAGUUUUUAUCUGACC